AUGUCAGAAUGGGAGAACAGGAAAACUAAUAACAAUGAACUGCUUAAAGCAAUCAUAGUGUUUCUGGAGCUCUUAAAAGUGGGUGAUACUAGUCAAGACGACAGGUUUGCUUUCACUGCUGAAUGGUAUGAUCCAAAUGCUUCACUAUUUCGGCGUUAUGAACUUCUGUAUUAUCCAAAAGAUGGAUCAGUAGAAAUGUAUGAUGUGAAGAACCAUCGCACCUUUCUGAAGCGCACAAAGUAUGAGAGCUUACACCUUGAGGAUUUAUUUGUGGGCAACAAAAUCACAGUUUUUUCCCGUCAUCUGACCUUAGUGGACUAUGGGGAUCAAUAUACAGCCCGCAAGCUGGGGAGCCGCACAGAGAGAACACUGGCUUUGAUUAAACCUGAUGCAAUACUCAAGAUUGGAGAAUUAAUGGAUAUAAUUAUUAAUGCAGGAUUUACAAUAACUAAGGCCAAAAUGAUGGUGCUUUCAAGAAAAGAAGCAGCUGACCUCUACGUAGGCCAUCAAGCAAAACCUUUUUAUAAUGAUCUACUUCAGUUUAUAACGAGCGGUCCCAUUGUUGCUAUGGAAAUCUUAGGAGAUGAUGCAGUUUGUAAAUGGAAAACAUUACUGGGGCCAGCAAACUCUGCAGUGGCUCAGACUGAUGCACCAGACAGCAUUAGAGCAAACUUUGGAUGCGAUGGCCUAAGAAAUGCAGCUCAUGGCGCAGAUUCAGUUGCUUCAGCUGCUCAAGAGCUGGAGUUGUUCUUUCCCUCCAGUGGAGGUCAUGGACCAGUCAACACUGCAAAAUUCACAAACUGUACUUGUUGCAUUAUUAAGCCUCAUGCAGUUAAUGAAGGGCUAGCUGGAAAGAUUAUAAAAGCCAUCAUUGAUGAAGGAUUUCAGAUCUCUGCUUUGCAGAUGUUCAACCUGGAGCGUACAAAUGUGGAAGAAUUUUAUGAGAUUUACAAAGGUGUCGUCGCUGAAUACAUGGACAUGGUUACAGAGUUGUGUUCAGGCCCUUGCAUAGCAAUGGAGAUUAUACAGCCUGAGCCUCCAAAAGUGUUCAGAGACUUCUGUGGUCCUUCUGACCCUGAAAUAGCCCGACAUCUCCGACCUGGAACUCUGCGUGCUGUCUUUGGGAAGAACAAGGCUCAGAAUGCUGUCCACUGCACAGACCUACCUGAAGAUGGACUUCUGGAGGUGCAGUACUUUUUCAAGAUUCUGGACAGCUAGCAGCCUCCAUCCUCACCCGAUGCAAAGGACGUGCACACAGAACAGUGUGUUCAUUCAUUUAUUUGUCCAAUGUUUCAACCUGACUGAAAUACAAGAUCAACAAGAGCACUGUACUCCUGGCUAUUAUUACAUGUUAGAACAUAGAGUUUUGCACUUUAGACAACAUUUAACACCAUUCUAUGGGGUACUGCAUUGCUUUUAUAAAGUUUAAAAUAAAGAUUUAUUU